GAUCCCCCUCGGCGGGAGAGAGAGGGUGGCGACGCUCGCUGUUUCCCCGUUUUUGCGCGUUGUGAGCCUCCGGCGAGUCGCGGGAGCAGCUUCGGGGCGCCAGUGGUGCGCGGCUUUCUCUCGGCGCAGUGGUGGAAUUGUUUUGACGGCUCGGGCGCGGGUGUCGGGCCUUGUCUACGGAUGUGGGGCCCCUGGAUGCGGGAACGAUGAGUUGCACCGAAGUGAUGUAUCAGCCGUACUCGCCGUACUUCCCGUACCAGCGAUCGGCGGCCGCCGCGGCGGCUGCUGCCGUCGGAUCUUGCGCGGGUCCUCCGCCGGGGAUAGCCGCGGCCGCCCAGGCAGCAUGCCUCGACUACAAGAGGUUCGUGAGUCCCAAGAUGCAAGACCUGCUGUCGGGCAGCGUGUCCUCGCCGGUGUCUUCCCCUGCGCCCCUGCAGGCUCCGGCCAGCAUCCACCGAGCCUCCCAGCCCCAGGCACCGACGGGGGGACGGUCCUCGUCGUGUGCCAUCGCCGUGGCUUCGGCAUCUUCGUCCCCGGUCACGCCGCUCAACCGGACCGGGGACGAGGAGCCCAACUCGGCCGCGAAGCCCUCGUCGUCCACCGCCGCGUCCAGGUCUUCGCCGGCCACGUCUUCUUCUGCAGCGACGGCGACGACCGCGGCCGCGGCGGACGCUCAGUACUUGUCGGCGAACUGUGUCGUGUUCACGUACUACAGUGGGGACAUUUCGUCGGUGGUGGACGAGCACUUCUCCAGGGCCCUCAGUCAGCCGAGCAGCUACGAGGCGGCCUGCAAGACCGGCGCCGUGUCGCUCAAAGACACGCCACCCAUGUCCCAGCGCAACUUCCCGGCGUCUUUCUGGAACUGCAACCAGCAGCCUUCGGCGUCCAACUCCCCGAUCAUGGGCGGCGGCAACUCGCUGACGGGCGGCGCCAGUCCCGGAGACCUGUACUCGGCGGACCCGUACCACCCGCACCAUCCGCACCACCCGCACCACCACCAUCACCACCACCACCAUCACCACGCGGCCGCGGCCUCGGCCAAUGCCGCCGCCCUGCACGCCAGCCUGCAAAACGACCCGUGGCACUACGCACUGACUGCCCCGCAGACGGCGCCGUACCGAUCGUCGGCGAUGCACGAGCUCGCGUACUCUGCGGCGGCGGCAGCAGGAGGGUCCCACCGGUUCGGGACGCAGCAGUACGGCUCGCUUCUGCUGCAGCCGUCGGUUAGGUCUUCGAGACUGACGCCCGUCAGCGCCACGUGCACGGCACUGGACAAGACUGCCGACGCGUGGGCGGCGGCGGCUGCCGCUACUCCCGGUCGCUACCAUCACGACCAGCUGGCCGGAAACAUCGCGGGCCACGUGGACGGAAACUACGGGGGCCCCCAUUACGGCUCCAUGGGCGCCGCGGCGGCCGCCAUGACAGGUCUCGACACCCAAGUACAAGACGCCGGGAAGGACCUGUACUGGUUCUGAAGAAACAACAGCGCAGAGCCCGGCGAUGGCCACCCAACGGUUUACGGCCUUCUGGACUGGAAUUGCGGCAUCGGGAGUGGCUGCAAUCCUGCACUGGCGACACUCCGUGGGCAGUGCCCGCUCCCAAGGAACGGUCAGCGACUGUCUAGAACCAGGAGCCAACAUCAUCAACCGCGACGGAACACACUCGAGUCAUGCCCCUUCUUUCCCUCUUGCGAUCCCUCCCCUCCAACCCCCGUGACACGCCCAAGUUGUGCGGAUCACCCCGAUGUGCAAGAUGGAAGGACUUGCCGCCCCUCAUCAUCUGUGUCAUACGUAGUCUGCGCGACGUAGGACGGUUUGACAUCUCAUCCUUGGUUCCUAUUUAUUUGAGUUUUAGAGAGAUUACGCCCACCGGAGGAGAGGAAAGACUACUGCGUCGUUGCACGCUCAUCUCGUCUAACGAUUAGGUUCAGAGCGUUCGUGUUUAUUUUUUUGUUUCUUUUCAUUGUUUCCAGGAGAUUGUACAUAAAGAAUCUAUUCAAUCCUGUGGUUUCCGUUUUAAAGUG